GUCUUAUUUUUCGAUUCUAUUGAAAACUGAAUAUAUACAUAAUAAAAAACUCUCUGUACAAUUGUUGUUUAUUGUACAUAAUUACUUUGACGUUUCCAGAGUUCUCAUAUUUAUCAAAAUAUAGAUGAGUAUUUAAUUUUUCGAUACGAUCAAAUAAUUUAAAAUGUCUAAAAUAUUUACUCCAACAAAUCAAAUUCGCUUAACAAACGUUGCUAUCGUAAGGUUAAAAAAAGGUGGUAAAAGGUUUGAGAUAGCUUGUUACAGAAAUAAAGUAGUAUCUUGGAGAAAUAAAUUAGAGAAAGAUAUUGAUGAAGUAUUACAGACUCACACUGUAUUUACUAAUGUGUCGAAGGGUCAAGUAGCUAAAAAGGAUGAUUUGGUUAAAGUUUUUGGUAAAGAUGACCAAACUGAAAUAUGCAAAGAAAUAUUGGAGAAAGGUGAACUACAAGUUUCAGAUAAGGAAAGGCAUUCACAGAUAGAUGCACUUUUUAAAGAUAUUGCUACUACUGUAGCAGACAAAUGUGUGAAUCCUGAAACGAAAAGACCAUAUCCAGUGUCUAUCAUAGAAAAGGCAAUGAAAGAUAUACACUUCUCAGUGAAUGUAAAUAAGAGUGCAAAACAACAAUCUCUUGAUGUAAUACCUUUAAUAAAAAAAGAUAUACCACUUGAACGGGCACAGAUGAGAGUAAGAAUUUUGUUGAGUGGAAAAGAAGCUCGUAAAGUGAGAGACAAAGCUGUCAAAUUAGCUACUAAUGUUGAAGAAGAGCAUUGGGAAUCAGGUACAGCAAAUGUUAUAUGCCUUAUUGAUCCUGGAAGCUUUAGAAUUUUAGACGAAUUGAUUAAAACAGAAACUAAAGGCACUGGACAGUUUGAAUUAUUAAACCUUAAAGAAAUGAUUGAAGGCGAACAAGCACUAUAAACUUGUCCAUUAUCUGUAAUAUAUAUAUUAAUUAU